UAUUUCAAAUAUUUCGCAAUAGAUGGUACGCGAGUUUGUUUAUGGAUACCAUUUUAAACUGUCAAGAUUUUCGGUGACUGAAGUGCUUGGACAUAAAACCGAUCGUCAUAAUUAUGGAGAAACUCGAAAAACCGCAAAUCAUUUGUCACAUAGAAAAAUCAGUAAACUAUUCUUUAUUCGAUGCUAAAUGGAUACCGUGCAGUGCGAAGUUUGUGGUUAUGGGCUCUCGACCGCGUGGUAGUGGUAUUAUACAAAUUUACGAAGUUUCCAGCGGAGAAUUGAAACUCGUAAAAGAUAUUGAAAGAUCACAACCAAUAAAAUGCGGAACUUUUAAAACUUCUAGUUUAAAGGAUAGAUAUUUGGCGACUGGUGAUUUUCAGGGCAAACUCAAUAUCUACAACUUAGAAGAUCCUUCGAUACCAAUUUACACAGCCAAUGCUCAUAACGAGAUAAUAAAUAGCAUCGAUGGUGUCGGUGGACAAAGUAUUGGAUGCGGGGCACCUGAAUUAGUAACUGGUUCCAGGGAUGGAAGCGUUAAAGUCUGGGAUCCAAGGCGAAAAGGCCAACCAGUAGCAGUUAUGGAACCUAAAGAAGGAGAAGUUCGUAGAGAUUGUUGGACAGUCACAUUUGGCAACUCUUACAACUCCGAGGAAAGAGUUGUAGCUGCUGGUUAUGAUAAUGGGGACAUAAAAAUGUUCAAUUUAAGAACAAUGUCCCUCGAAUGGGAAAGUAAUUUGAAGAACGGUGUUUGUAGCAUCGAAUUCGAUAGAAAAGAUAUUCCAAUGAAUAAGUUGGUAGCAACUACUUUGGAAUCUAAAUUCUAUCUAUUCGAUUUGAAAACGCAGCAUCCCAAGAAAGGAUUUGCCUACCUCACUGAAAAGGCUCAUAAUUCAACGGUAUGGCUUGUCAGGCAUUUGCCACAAAAUCGAGAAAUAUUUGUCACUUGUGGCGGUAGUGGAAGCCUUUGUCUGUGGAAAUACAAUUAUCCAGAGAAAAGAAAACUAACCGAUGCAGAUGGAAUAGAACAAGGAGUUGUUGGUAAUCUGAAUCUUUUACAAAAUGUUACUCUUUCAACACAGCCAGUGAGUUCUUUGGAUUGGAGCCCGGACAAGCAGGGACUCGCUGUUUGCACAGCAUUCGAUCAAUGUUUGAGAGUUAUUAUCACUACAAAACUCAAUACCUACUAAUUGAACAGAUAGAACCAUUUUAAAAGUUAUAUGCAGAACGAUCGUACAUUUUGCAAUGUAUCGUUACUUUACAGUGUAUUAUUAAUCAACAGCCGAGAAGUAAUAUUUUGGAAGCACUUUAUCAUUGGCUCUGGAAUUACCUCUGAUUGUACAUAGUAUUAUUUGUUCUAAUUUAUAUUUUAUCGACGAAUAAGUAAAAUUUUAAAAAAGUAA